GGGGGAGGGCGAUGGCGGCGGCGUUGGUGGCCUUGCUGGUGGCGGCGGCGGCGGUGACGGGGGCCGAGGCGCAGUGCCCGGCCCCCUCCGCCCUGCGGACGGCCAACGGCACCCGCAUCUGCGCCCAGCUCUACACCGACAACAGCCCCUACUACGACCAGUGCUGCGCGGGGGAGGUCCUGGUGGUGGACCCCGGCGACGACGUGCCCUACAUGCCCCGGGGCUGGGGCAACAGCAUCUCCUCCUUGGUGGUGGGCACCCGCUGCGAACUGACCGUCUGGUCUCGCGCCGGCAAGAGGGGGAAGAGUCGCCGUUUCGGGGCCGGGGCGGUGCCGCGGCUGCAGGAGGUGCGGCUGGGGCUCUUCGGCGACUGGAACAACGCCAUCAGCAGUUACUACUGCAAGUGCAACUGAGGCCGGGGGGGGCACAGGGCGGCGGGGGGCAACACCAGUCCAACAAGAGUCAGCACGAGCCAACGUGGGCCACUGCAAGCCAAGGCAGGCCAGUGGAAGUCAACGUGGGCCAAGUCAACGCGAGUCAACACACGUCAACGUGGGCCAAGACAAAUCAACGUAGGCCAAGACAAGUGAACGUGAGUCAACGCACGUCAACAUGGGCCAAGACAAGUCAACGUGGGCCAAGACAAGUCAACGCGGGCCAACGUUAGCCAGCGUGAGUCAAUGCGGGCCAACGCGAGUCAACGCAAUCCAACACAAGCCAAUCUCGGCCAAGACAAGCCGACGUGAGUCAACGCGGGCCAAGCCAAGCCAAGGAGGGCCAAGCCAAGCCAACACAACUCAAGGCGAGUCAACGCGGGCCAAGACAAGUCCCCGUGAGUCCACGCAGGUCACCGUGAGUCCACGCGGGUCACGGAUGACAAAUGUGGGCUGCCACGCGGUGACGUGGCAGUGCCACCCCCCCUUCUGC